AUGUCAGCCUUUGGGAGCUUCAAGUUCAAGUCCGGUCUGGUGACCAGGAACAUGCUGGUAGCAUAUAUGCUCAUUGGCUUGAGUGUUUUUAGUUAUGGGUUUGACGAUUCGGUAUACUCAACCAUUCAGACCAUGGACGCCUUUGAAAAGCAGUUCGGAUCGUACAACUCUGCAACAGGCGAAUACGGCUAUACCACGAAGCAUCUCGCCUAUCUCAACUCGCUUGGUUCGCCCGCGAAAGCGUUUGGGACCGGGCUGGGCUGGUUUGUGGGCGAGUACUUCGGCCGCCGGCUCUGUUUCAUCAGCAUGCAAUUCUUAUGCAUCUUGGGCAUUGCGAUCAGCUAUACUGCCACAUCCUUUGGGCAGAUCCUGGCCGGUCGAAUGGUAGUGCAGUGCUUCAUUGGAUGGGAGAGCUGGCUGGUACCCAUGUUUCUGGCGGAAAUCAGUCCCGCCGCCGUCCGCGGAGCCACGGUCGUGGUGUAUGUGUUUGCUCAUAUCUUCGGCUCGUUCAUUUGCUCAAUCAUUACCUACGAAACGGCCAAGAUGGAGGGCAAUGCCUCGUGGAAGAUCCCAAUCGGCGUGAUGUGGACGUUCCCGUGCUUCAUUCUACUUUGUUCGUGGUUUGUCCCGGAGAGUCCUCGCUGGCUGGUCCGAAAGAACAAGGUCGAGGCCGCCACUAAGCAGCUUCAGGACUUCUACAAGGGUCAGGAAGUGGACGUGGGUCAUGAGGUGGCGGUGCUGCAAGCAUCCAUCGAGGUAGACGCCGAGACGAAGGGCACCUGGCUGGAGUUGCUUCAGGGAACCAAUCUGAGGCGCACCAUGAUUGCAGUCAUGACGGCCAUCUUCAACCAAGUGACAGGGCAGAGCUUCGUGAGCCAAUACGGCACUCUCUUCGUGAAGUCGCUGCACGUCAUGAACCCAUUUGCCUUCGCCAUGAUCUCCCGAGCACUGACCUGUAUCGGCCCCCUAAUCACCUUCUCCCUUGUAGACACCACCGGCCGUCGGCCGAUCUACCUGAUCGGAGGGGUCAUGACAACUGCAUUGCUGUUCGCCUGCGGCGGCUUGGGCACCGGGACGAUUACCGACGACAAGAAGCGAGGCGUCUGCGGUGUGCUUAUGAUGUACGGCCUGUUCUACAUCAUGUCCUUUGGUUCCAUCGCCGUCAUCGUAGGAGCCGAGACCCCACACCUGCGUCUUCGCGAUCAGACUUCGUUCGUGGCGUGGACCAUCCGCGUUGUGUGCGAUUUUGCUGUCUCGUAUUCCCUGCCGUAUCUGCUGAACGCGCCGUAUGCGAACCUGCAGUCUAAGGUUGGCUUUAUCUAUGGCGGCCUUUCAGCGGUCGGGGUGAUCUUGGGGUACUUCUUCCUGCCCGAGUUGAAGGGUCAUUCCUUGGAGGAGCUGGAAGAAAUGUGGCGACGCCGCAUUCCGACACGAAAAUUCGCCAGUAAGUCAUUUGCUCUCAGGGAUGCAGAGUGCGACUAA